UCAAAAAAAUUAAUCAUGAUUCGAUUAAUUUGCUUUUUUGCAUUAAUUUAUUCGUGCUUAUCAGCAUCUGAGCGUGGCAUUAACAUCGGUACGGUGCUUUUUGCGCCAUCGGAUGCUCACAAAGAUUGUUGGACUUCCGAACAACUCGCCUUAUUAACCUCGAGGAUGGUGGUGGAGGCGAUUUUACCGAGUCGAAAUAGCCUCAAUGUGAACGAUAACGAUAUGAUUAGCGAUAUUGUGGAGUAUUUUCGGAUGAUUUUAGAGGUGGUGCGAAAAAACACGAGCGGGAAAAUAAAACAUUUAAUGCUUUUAGCAGUCACGGACGCCUUAGGGGGCUACAUGACGCAUUUCUUUUUACCUUUAGCGAAGUAUUCUUAUUACGCCGGCAACGUUGAUUACAACAGCGUGAUUAAAGUGCACCAAUUGUACGAUGAAUUAAAAACUUAUUUGAGAACGAACGGGGCUGGGUGGUCGAAACCCCCGAAAGAUAUCGGAAAAAGGGUUUGUGCGCAACCGAUUAACUUAAAAGACCGCAAAAUUGCGAGUAAUAACGACCCUUGUGCUGGGUUAAUCUUCCAAGAAGUUGUAGCUUCGGGGCACACCGCUCAAUCGGGAUCAAUUGAAAUCCCGAUGCCUUAUUUUGACUCAAAAUCGCACCCCUCAGCUAUUGCAGUCCCGUUUAAAGCGUAUUCUUUAAGAAACGUCGAGGCAAGAAGCUCCGCUUAUAUUCUUGUUAAGUACUACAUAGCUGCGUCAAAAUGUUUGGGGUGCAAAGACACGAAUAAUACGGCCGCUUCAACCACUUCAAUCAGCGAUUUUAACUCGAAACUUUUCGGGUUCAUCACACAAAAAGUUUUGCCCCAUCUCUGUGAUGAGAAAUUUUACGCCGCCUUCGGCGGGGUUCUCCGCAUUUUAGAAACGAUGAAACAAUCGGGUUUUGUGAAGAAUUUAAACGUGAUUGGAAGCUACAACAUCAUGCCUGAGGUGGAAGAUAAAGAAAGCAUGGCCGAAUCAUCCAACUCAGGGAAUGAGGAGGACGAUGAGAAAUCCCAAUUAGAAGGAAUCCCAGUUAAUAGCGAAAAAUCGAGCGGAAAUGAGAAUCGAAAUGCUGGAGAUGUUAGUGGGGGCCAAAGCCAAAGAAGCGACGAAGGAGGGACCCCGGUCGAAUCAAAAACGAAGAAAAAUCGAUCGAAUUUAAUUUUAUUGGCCGCUUUGGCUACAAUUAUAAUUUGGUUCUUUUUGGGGGCUUGCUUCGUAUGUUGCAGAAUUCGCUCCGCACGCAUCAAAAAGGACGAGCAAAUGAAAUUAAUCGAGGGAGGAGGCGGCGGGGGGCCCAGCUCGAAAGCCUCCACAAGCGUCAGAUCGAAAUGCAUGUCCGGGACGGGGUCCACAAAAACGAAAUGCUCAACCGCAAGUGGAAAAGCCGCUACUUGUACGAAACAAAGUUGCGGGCAUUACGUAGCUGCUUCAUCUACAACAAGCGGACACCCAUCGCAAGGUUCUCAUCGCGCUUCUAGUUCGAGUUCUAAAUCGUCCUCGAAACACACAACCCCGAAAAGUGGGGGUUCUAGCAAUGUGACGUCCGCGUCGACUACGGCUGAAAGCAAGACAUCGGAAGAGUCGGAAUCGCCGAGAUCUCAAGUUCCGACUCAAGUUCAAACGAUGCAUUAUUACCCCGCUUCGUUUGCGUGCCAUUCGAGCAUCGCUGGAAAAUAUAAGGUUGGGUCAAGCUCCGAGGAGUUUUCCUCUAAAUCGACUAUAAAAAAACCGUUCGUUUUUGGAUACGAUUUUCAAACCACCUCCGAAGAAUCGUCUCCUAGAGAUCAUUCCGACCAAGAAGGUGAAACGGAAAUGGGGAAUUUAUCGAAAUAAAUUAAAACGAAGUAAUUUUAUAUUUAUUUUUAUUUAACUUUUUUAAUAAAAUAUCAUUUUUUACA